AUGUCACUUCUUCAACUACCUGCGGAGCUACUCACGCAAAUAAUCCAAGACUUGAGUCUCCAAGAUCUCAACGCACUCGUUCAAUGUCAUCCUGCUCUAUACUACAGCCUCAAUGGUUAUCUCUACGCCCGCGGCGUGACACACAACGAAGGGUCCGCAUUAUGGUGGGCUGCAGAUCGCGGCUCUUUAGGGACUCUACAGCGACUUGUUGAUGCUGGAGCAGAUGUAUGCUGGAAGUCAAACUAUUGGUCGUGUACAGGGGCUUUCCCGAGAGCCAAGCAUCUCCGGUACCUUAAGCUAUGUGAUGGACCGAUCCCGUUGGCAAGGCACCCCAUCUCGAAUGCUGCCAAACAGGGUCACACUUCUGUUGUGGGCAAGUUUUUGGACUAUGGAGUUGAUGUAAAUCAUAAGAGUCGCUUUGGUCGGAGCCCGCUCGCAUUGGCAGCAGGUGGUGGCCACUUCGACACUGUCAAGAUGCUUCUGAGCCGUGGCGCCUCUCUCCUUUCAGUCGACUUGGACUGCCGUCGACCUAUCACGUACGCAGCGCGCGAGGGCCAUAAUGAAAUCGCAGACUAUUUGCUUGACCAGUUUCGCAGCAAGUUCCCUCGUCUAAAGUUAACCGCCAAAGACGACAUCCAAAUCAUGCUACAACACGCUGCGCGGCGUGGGGACGAGACGCGAGUCGUGCAUCUUUUGUUCAAAGAAGGUGCCCAAAUUAACUUUCAGUUUACCGUGGAAAGUCGGACUCCGUUAUGUGACGCGGUCCACAGCGCUCCUGUCAGCAUGGUUCGGCUUCUACUUGAGAAUGGAUCCGACCCAAAUGCCCGAGAAUCACCUGGCAAACUAGGAGAUUCCGGUCGGGGUUGGACUCCGUUAAAAUUGGCCAUUGACCGCGAGGACAGUUACGAGGUCAUUCAGCUGCUACUGGAGUAUGGCGCUGAUGCCGCAGCAGACAGCGAUGUGACUCUUGAAGCUGCAGCACGAGCAAGGAAAUCAGAUGAAUUUCAUCUUUUGGUGGAAUUUGGUGCAGAUAUUGAGAAUCCUCAAAUACAAAACCUGUUGAUGCGCGCGGCGCGACGGUGCAAUUGCGAGCCCAUCGUACGUUCGCUGCUCCAACGUGGCGCAAAGCCUAACCCACCUGCAAAAAUCUGUCGUAGGCCAGUCUACCAGUCACCCGAGCCAGGAUCGAUGAAAGCGCUAGAAGACCAAGUUCACCGCGAGCUGAUCAACGCCAUGUUUGCUAAGCGGUAUUGGAGCGACACUUGA